UGGACUACAAGAAUUUGGAUUGGGCCCGAUCCAUUAAAUGGAGCUUUCCUCUUGAGCUAACCCAUGUCAAACCUUAUCAUCAAAUCCCUAAUUUUCCUCCUAAACUAAGCCCUAAGCCAAAUGCAAAUCCCGGUUCAAACCUUGGUAUAAAACCCAAAAAAAUCGCGGAUGAACAGUGGCUGCGUCUACUGUUCAUCGUGCCAACGGCGAUUUCCUCUCCGUGAGCGCGCGCAUGCCCCCGAUUCCAGUGAUAAUCUGAUCUUGAGUUCCAGAUCCAUAGAGGAGGAUGCAAGGAAGCUGCUGACCUAAUUUCCUGAAGCUGGAGGUUUGCCAAAGAGGUUUCGACGGCAAGCUUUGCUGGGAUUCGAUUCUUCAUUCUCCGCCCCUGUUAGAAUGGUGUUGACAGCAGGAAUUCAUCAGCCAUCUUCAGGAAUCAUCAAAGAGGUCUCUCUGGUGGUUCUUGACUUGAAUCCAGCCACAUUCAACGCCCCAUCAGCAAGUCAUUGCUGAGCACAGAAUAGAAUUGCAGAUCCAGGUUUCGACAAUUCUGCACAGAUCUGAACUUGUGUUCUUCCAGAGAGGUUUCUUUGGCUAAGAUCAGUCUUCAUGUGAUAAGUUACUUGAUAUUGAUCCGGAAAUUGAAAGGACCUUCAGAGCUUUGAGAAUUCAGGAGAAAAUUUCAGAGGACUCAGGAAGUUCUUUAUCAUCUUCAGAUACCCCCAUGGCUGAUCAUAGUAGGACAAUGAAGGAGCUUGCAGCUCCUGAUGAAGCUUUUAAAUAUUCAUGCAUCACUUAUCCAACUCUAGCUGGUGAUUUUGAGCUGAGAUCAGGGUUGAUUCAUUUGCUUCCCAAAUAUCAAGGAUUAUCUGGAGAGGACCCAAACAGACAUUUGCAUGAAUUCCAUGUGGUUUGUUCAACCAUGAAGCCACAAGGAAUUUCAGAAGAGGAUAUCAAGCUAAGGACUUUUCCAUUUUCACUUACUGGAGUAGCAAAAGAUUGGUUAUAUUAUUUGCCACCGGGAUUUAUUACUUCAUGGAUUGAUAUGAAGAAGGCUUUCUUGGAAAAAUUCUUUCCAGCCUCAAGGACUGCAACAAUUAGGAAAAGCAUCUGUGGGAUUCAACAAGUAGUGGGAGAAACACUUUAUGAUUAUUGGGAGAGAUUCAAGAAACUAUGUUCAAGUUGUCCCCAACACCAAAUAAGUGAGCAGUUAUUAGUCCAAUACUUCUAUGAGAGUUUAUUACCUAUGGACAGAAGUAUGAUAGAUGCAGCAGCUGGAGGAGCUUUAGUAAACAAGACUCCAGAGCAAGCACGGGAACUAAUUUCGAACAUGGCUGAAAAUUCACAGCAAUUUGGAAGUAGAGCACUCACUACUAGAGGAGUUGGUGAAGUUCAAAUGGUUUCUAAUGAACAAAAGGAGAUAAAGAAUUCAUUGAUGGAAUUAACGACCUUGGUGAAACAAUUAGCCUUGAACAAUGCUACUCAACCUUCUGUUGUGCCGAAUAUGCAAUUUCCAUGUAAACAAAGCAUAGUUUGUAGCAUUUGUUCGAGUCCAGAUCACCUUUCAGAACUUUGUCCAAAUCUCAUUCAAGAUGAAUCUUUGGCAGCAUUCUCUAGAGCUCAGUUCCAACAAAAACAUGACCCGUAUUCAUCUACAUAUAAUCCGGGUUGGAGAGAUCAUCCAAAUUUGAAGUAUGGCAAUUCAUUCUAUCAACAUCCAUCUUCAAAUCAGCAUUUCAACCACACUUCCAGCAAUUUCCAGCAACCUCAGCAAGGUUUCCAGCAGCAUAAUCAGAAUUUCCAGCAAGGUUUUCAUCAUCAUUACCAACCUGCAAAUCAAUAUCAGCAAUCGUAUCAGCCUUAUCAGCAAUUUCAGAAUCAGAAUCAGAAUCAGCAUUAUCAAUAUCAAAAUCAGAAUUUCCAGCAAUCAAUUCCAGCACUUCCAGCACCUACAAAGAUGAGUUUAACUCAAGGAGGUUCCAAUAAUGUUUCAAAUUCAGAUCCACAGCAAGCUAGAUUGGAGGAAUUGAUGCAGCAAAUUCUUCAGCAACAACAAAAUCAGGAAAGGCAGAUUGGGCAAUUGGCUUCUAGCAUUAAUCAGAUUCAAGCUCAGGGAUCGAGUCAAUUGCCAUCUCAAACAAUUCCUAAUCCUAAAGGGAACGUUAGUGCAUUAACUUUAAGGAGUGGGAGAAAAAUUUCAGAAUCUUCAAGAGGAAGAGCUGCUGCUAAAAAUUUUUCAGAAAUCCAGCCAUCCAGUUUCAGCAAUGAAGAACUCCCAGAAGUGCAGAAUGUGCCAGUUUCAAGUUCUAAUCCAAUUCACAUUGAUCCCUACGGUUUGGAGCAUGCACAAGGAGGUGGAAAUCUGAUGCCAGAUUUUUCCAGCAACUCUUGUCCAGCUGAACAUUUUCCAGCAACAACUUCAGAAAGCAGCAAAUCUGGAAAUGCAGGAUUUCAGAAUUCAGAGAAGAACAUUCCAUUGCCUUUCCCUCAACGCAGAGUUCAACCAAGGAAGAAUGUAGAGGAAGAGAAAGCAAAGGAGUUCCAGGAGCUUGUGGACUUAUUCAGCAAGGUGGAAGUAAAUGUUCCUUUACUCACAAUGAUCAAGCAAAUUCCAAAAUAUGCGAAAUUUUUUAAGGAUCUUUGUGUGCACAAGAAGAAAUUGAAGGGGAAUGAGUUGAUUAGCAUGGGCAAGAAUGUGUCUGCACUUCUUCAAACAGUUCCUCAGAAAUGCGAAGAUCCUGGAGUUUUUACGGUUCCUUGUGAAAUUGGGAGUAAUCUGUUUAAAGAUGCCAUGCUAGAUUUGGGAGCUUCAAUUAAUGUGAUGCCAAAAUCAGUUUUUCAGACAUUAGGGAUUGGACCAUUACAACCUACAGGAGUAGUCAUUCAGUUAGCUGACCGCAGUCAGACUCAUCCAGCUGGAGUUAUUGAAGAUGUAUUGGUGAAGGUGAGAGAACUUAUCUUUCCUGCAGAUUUUUAUAUCCUCGACAUGGAGGGAGACUAUCUGGCCAGUAGAUCUCCACUCAUUCUUGGACGACCAUUUUUGAAGACUGCAAGGACCAAGAUUGAUGUUCACGCGGGCACACUUUCUAUGGAGAUAGGAGACACAGUGGUCCGAUUCAGUAUUCUUGACGCUAUGAAGCAUCCUAGAGAGGAUCAUUCUAUUCUUAGUUUGGAUAUUUCGGAGAUUGAUUCAGAUUUUGCAGAGGGAGGUAUAGGUGAUUUUUGGUUUUCAGAGGAUAUUUCAGCCUUGGGAGUGGAUGAUGAGUCUUGUGGAGUAUUUCCGAGUGAGAGAGAUAAUUUAUGCGUAGGGGAUUGCUUAGGAGAAGCUCUAUCCCUAGGAUCGCCCAGAGAAGAGAAAUUUUGCGUAGGGGAUUACUUAGGAGAAGCUCUACCCCUAGGAUCGCUUUCUAUCAAUCAGACACAAGAUGAGUUGAAGCCAUUGCCUCCACACUUGAAGUAUGCUUAUUUAGGAGAGAACCAGCAGUUCCCUGUCAUCAUUGCCCAGAAUCUAGAACCAGAACAAGAAAGCAGAUUAUUAGAGAUUUUGAGGCAGCACAGGAAGGCCAUUGGAUGGACUUUAGCAGAUAUUCCUGGUAUUAGUCCUUCUAUUUGCAUGCACAGGAUUUACUUGGAGGAGGAUGUGAAACCAGUGAGACAGCCCCAGAGGAGACUUAACCCAUUGAUCCUUGAUGUAGUAAAGAAAGAGGUGACUAGACUUCUACAGGCAGGUAUCAUUUACCCUAUUUCUGACAGUAAGUGGGUAAGUCCUAUCCAUGUGGUUCUAAAGAAAUCAGGGGUGACAGUUGUGACUAAUGAAGAGAAUGAGUUAGUGCCCACCAGAGUGAAGAAUUCUUGGAGAGUUUGUGUGGACUAUAGGAAACUGAACCAAGCAAGCAGAAAGGACCACUACCCCCUACCUUUUAUUGAUCAGAUGUUGGAAAGACUAGCGGGCAAGUCACAUUAUUGCUUCCUAGAUGGUUACACGGGAUAUUUUCAGAUUUGCAUCGACCCAGAGGAUCAGGAGAAGACCACCUUCACUUGUCCUUUCAGUACAUUUGCCUACAGAUGGAUGCCAUUUGGAUUAUGCAACGCUCCAGGAACUUUUCAGCGAUGCAUGAAAUACAGAAAUGCAGAUGUGUGCAGAAAUGUAGAAACUGAAAACAGAAUUGCAGAUGUGUGCAGAAAUGUAGAAACUGAAAACAGAAUUGCAGAUGUGUGCAGAGUUGCAAAAGCUGAGAGCUGGGAUAUCAUGAAAUUGCUAUUUAGAGGGGAAGUGCUGGGUGAAGUAUCUGCCAUGAAAAUUAGCAUCAAGACUAAGAGAACAGCAUUGAAUGCCAUGGACGAAAAUUAG